GUCAUAGCCAUCCAUAGCCGUGCGCGUGAAAGCUACAAGGUCCGCGAUUCCGCGUGUAACGGGCAAAAUUUUGGCGUGUGACAGCCGCGUGCUUUCUGUGUAGUAGUAUACUUUGUAGCAAUUACAGAGACAGCGUCUGAACAUGGCGGAGCUUGUUCAGAAAAACAUCGAGGGCUUCAUUCCCGAAUUGGAGCAAAUGGAAAGGACCGGUCUAGUCACGAGAGAGCAAGUGAGAGAAAUUCUUAGACGCAGGAAACGGUUCGAAUAUCGCCUGCGUCGAAGGAAGAAGUCCAAAGAAGACUACUUGACCUACAUACAGUAUGAGCUGAACUUGUACGAGCUGCUCCAGAAGCGGAGAGCGAGGCUUAGCAUAACAGACAAGAGAACAGAGAUCGACCAGAUGAUUGCAAGAAGAAUCAACAAGCUGUUUAAGAAGGCUGUGCUCUUGUUCAGUGGUGACUCAAAGCUGUGGCUGUCGCACAUUGAUUUUUGUGUGCGCAUGGGCUGGAACCAUGUCGUGGGAACGCUUUAUACCCGCAUGCUAAAUCUUCACAGUCACAGGCCAGAGAUCUGGGUGGCAGCUGCGAAGUGGCAGCUUGAGUGCAACUCCUCUCCAGAAAUGGCACGCAAGCUCCUUCAAAGGGGGUUGCUUUUCAACAACAAGUCGUCCCUGCUCUGGCACGAGUACUUCCGAAUGGAGCUGAUUUUUGUUGACAAGAUGAGAAAAAGAAAGAUAGUGCUUGGCAUUGAGGAGAAAGAGGAUGGUGCAGAAGCUGAAGAUGCUGUCCUCAAGGUGAAAAUUCCUUCCCUCGUAUAUGGUGCUGCUGUCAAGUCCAUUCCAGACAUUGAGUUCGCCUUGUCCUUCCUGCCUAUCUGUGAUGCCUUUGACUUUGCUCACCACUUGGCAGAGCAGAUACUGCAAGAUGUGCAGGCUCGGCAUCCUAAUCAAGAAAGAAUGUGGGAUGCUGUGGCAAGGAGGCAGCUCUUAAGCAAGCACGGAACCUUGAGUCUUGUUGAAAAUGUUGUAUGCAGUGAUAAAAAAGGUGCUGCAGCAGCUAGGGCCAUUUUUGAACAAGCUCUUGUACGGCUCCCAACAGAGACAAUGUGGAAACUCUAUAUUCAGUUCCAGUUGGAACUUCUGGAGCAGUCUAGUAGUGAAAAGCAAGCAGCAAAGAGGCUACGCCAAGUGGUCAACUUGAUGCAGAGGGCUUCAAGUGAAGAACUGCUGACGUUUGAACACCACCAAGAAUGGGUCAAGCUCCUGCAAAACUGUAAAGAACAUGACGCUGCUUUGGCCUGUGCUCAGGCAAGUGUCAAAAGGUGGGCGAAGUCGGUUGAAGCUUGGCUUCUGCUGCUUGAGCUGCUCAUUGGAAGAGGGCCUGGGGCUGAAGAUGCAUUAAAGGCCUUUGAAGAUGCCCUGUCUGCCAUAUCGAAACAGGAGUCUCUGCCAGUUUGGAGGAGAGCCACUGAAUUUCUGUCAUCAGAGGUCCCAGAGGAAACAAUUCCUUUUCUUGAGAAAGCAUUGUUCUACCCAAAUGAUGUGUGCAUCUGGGCAAAGGAGAAACUCCUCGAAUUGAAGUGUUUGUACCAUGGCUACAAUGCAGCACGGAAGUUCUACAAAAGAAUGCUAAAUCUGAAACCUCUAUCAGUGAACUUUUUCCAACGCAUGAUUGACUUGGAGAAUUCCAGAGUUCAACCGGAUGCAGACAACUUGAGGAGCUACUUUGAACAUGCAGUAGCUGAGUUUGGAGGAUCAAAUGUUGAUGUCUGGAUGAAGUACAUCCUCUUUGAGCUGAAGCACCCAGAAGGAAAGCCUGAGCAAGCGGGUGUCCUCUACCACAGAGCUGUGAAGACACUUGAUGAUGACCUCACUAAUCACUUCAUUUCAGCCUACUCUUUGAUGGACACCAGAAAAUUGUAAACAAGUGGCUAGUGUGGUGAUUUGAAUUGUAAUUUACUGCUUCACCUGCCAGAUGUUGUUAUGUUGCACAUUUGAUACUUCUUUUUAAACUUUCUUCUUUCAUGGAGGGGCCCCCUUGGGGUGUCUACUACAAAUACAGUUGCAUGGCCCCUGCUGUGUCAUUAUCCAUAAUUAUGUGGAAAAGUGAGGUGCCUGCUACACAUUUGCAAGGCAUUAUGUGCACUUUGUUGGCCUGUUACUAUGUGUGGGAAGCUCGUUAUGCAAUUUGCAUUGUGUGAUGCCUGGCUGUUAUUUCACUCCUCUAUUACAUCUAUUACCAUAAUUCUUUGCCCAGUAUAGGGCCUUUUAAAAAAGGGGUUUCUAGCUUUGACAUGGCUGUGUGGCAGGAUGUUCACACAGAGCUCCUGGUUUCAAAUCCCGUAUGAUUGUGGAUUUUUUUUGUGCAUGAUAGCAGUUAUGGUCACAGGCAGUAGCUGUAGCGGACAAUUGCACUGCCAAAAUUGGCUGUUGGUGUGAUUUUGUAACAGCUUUCAUUGUAAUAUCUCGUAUUGAAAAUGAAUUGCUCCGGCCUACCCAAACUUGGCAUCUGGCAAAGUGAAAUCAUGUGUGCCUCCUUAAGAAUGAACAAUUGUACGCUUGUCAGUGGGGUCACCAUUGUUACUAAGCCGAAAAGUAAUGCAAGAAUCGCCUAUAAUGGGGGUGCCUUUCCACUGCUGGGUAAACAGCGACAAGCAAAGCUUUGCAUAUGUGCAGGACCAAGUACAAUUUUUUUCUUUAAUUCGCAUUGUGCCAUGAUCCCCCAACUUUUAAAGGGGCCCUGCGACAACAAAUUAAUCAUAUUGUUUUCAUGGCUUCUUUUUGAACUGUAGAGUGCACCAAACCUCGUUGGUGAGGGGAAAUGCCAAAAACUAAGCUGUUGUAAUUUUAUUUCUAUGGGAAAACACUUUUUUAGGACUAGAGUGACACACAGCAGCUAAUUUUUUAAUCAAGUAACGUUUCACCCCGUGGGAAUGACAACACAGAAUGCACGUUUUGAUUAUCCCGACACGCGUAAUAUUAAUACAUUCCUAGAUAGAGCACACCGUUGUGCAUUAAAUAACGAUAAAAGCACGGUUUAUACUUCUUCAUAUACAAAAAGAUUUCGCUUUUUAACAUGAAAGUAUGAGAACAGUUGCAAAACGAUGCAAAAAGGCGCUGCACGAUGACCACCACGAUGCUUGUCGUAUGCCACAUCUGUGUGAGAGGGGCGUGGUGAUUAGAAACAGCCUUUGAUGUCAGUGGGAGAGUGACAUGUUCAAGGGAACGUUUUUUUCGUUGUCUGGCGGGGCUCUGAAGUUUGAAGGCUAAUAACAUAGGUUACUGUAAAGUGAUUUCAAUCAUUAUUUUUGCGUUCGCCUCUGUAUUCAGCACUAUACGAGCUCCAGAAAUCAGACGAAAAAACGACGGAUGGCUCCUUUAAGUGCGGAGCAUUUAGGCGGCCAGGCUGCCGUGGGCUUGUUCACACCGAAAGGGAAGUAACAAAGUGGGAAAGCGAGCUGUUCGAAGCAGUGAAAGCGCGCAUCUGUUCAAACCUCAUGCCUCCGCGUGGCAGAGGAGUCUGGGCAUCCAGUGCUUUUGUGCACGUGUCGCUGUCACGUGUAAAUGCUUCUCCCAAAGAUAAGAUACAGUAGCGCCUGCACCGCGUGGCGUUCUGAUUAGCUGCAGUGAAGCGGCGACCUUGACCGAUCUUGCCGCACUCCAGCAACCGCACUUGUGUGGCUUGUGGCAAGAUUGGUCAUUUUGAAUCUGUCUGUAUUCUCGUCUUCCAAUUUCUCCCAACGCAGCCUACUUGUCUACUUCUAGUGCUGCGCAGACCAGCAUGGUCAUUGUCUUGAAUGUGGAUGAGCUCCACUAGCUCACAGAACUGUGCAUUGCAGUUUCCAUCGGUACUGUUUCAUUUUCGUUUUUUGUCGACACCGGUGCAUCUGUGUCAUUAUUCAGUGAGUGCCAUUGUUCAUUUACUGGCAUUCAACUGGCAUCUUCUUCCAUUAUCCUUCAAUCGUAUUCGAAAGGAAUUAUUGAACACUUUGCCCAAUUUAAGUCCACCAUUGCUUACUGGAGCGUCAUGUCUCCGGUUGCAUUCUACAUCACUCGAAAUGGCCAAUUCCUUCUUUUUCUUUGAAAACAUUGCCUUGUUCACCAGCACCUGCUGCAACGAACCUUCCUGCAACAGUGCCUGCUCCAAGGACAUCUGCGUCAACCGUGCCAGAAGGGCACUGUACAUGCCCUUCUGGCACGUACAGUGCCCUUCGUUGGCACUGUACGUGCUUCAACUGGUGGUGCGUCCAGCAUAUGGUCACCUCUUACUACUAUGUUCGUUCAGAACACUCACGCAAUCACAGUCACUGUUCCACCAUGGUGAAUGAGUACUACUUCUAGUUGACUGCUUACUGAAUUCGGCUUCAUCCAUAGUGACACCUAGUAACUGACAUAAAUUAAGGGCCUUUACGUGCUCUCUUUGUCCUGCCUGUUCAUUUAAGCUUAAUUGGAAUGUAUCCGUAUGUGUAAUUAACAUAAUUCCGGACAUAUUUGUUUGUCGAAGUAUGUGGGCAUAUUAUUUUAAUCAAUAUUGGAAGGUGACCACUAUUUGUGGCCGAUGUGAUGGUGGACCCUGAGCUAGAAAAAGUCAGGUCUAUCACAGAAUGUGAUAGGCCAGAUAGAUAAGUGGGGGAUCGUAAAUUCCCACACUGAAUUAUGAUAACCGUUUGCCACAGGCAUCGGAUCUAUAACGCCAUGAUAUGUGGCGUGAGUUGAAAUCUCUUGCGAUUAUUAUAUUUUUUUUGCACGCUGCUACUGCAGAAUCAAAUAAACUAGUAUUUGAAAUA